UCAUUCUAUGAAGCGCCGCUUGUAAAUACCAGUGCUGUUAUCAAAAAUCGUUCAACCUUCUCUGCCAUGUAUCUUCUACUGGCAUCGACUUUGUUGUGCUUAAGCUUUGCUGCCUCUAAUGGAGCGCAAUCACGUUAUCGACAGCGAAUUCUCGUUCUCGGAGGUGACGGAAUGCUAGGAAGUGAGACGGUCGCUCGGCUGAAGCUGAGAGGACAUGACAUCACAAUCGCGCACCGAGGAACGUGGUAUUGGGACUCUGCUCUUAGAAUCAAACCUUGGGUCAAAUUUGUGCCGUGUGAUCGAGCUCAGUUUAACGACUGCGCCGAAAGACUGGGAGAUGUUGCAAGAGAAAAAGGCAUGUUUGAUAUGGUGUUCGACUUUAGUGGAUACAGACCUGGUUAUAUCAAGGAUUUUAUGCUCAAGAUGCGUAGCAAGAUUCGUCGUUAUAUUUACAUCAGCACUGAUUCUGUGUAUGAGGUCUGUGAGGAACCUUCCCACGAGGGACCCACUCUUGAAGAGGAUGCCAAGCGCCCAAAGGAUCCUAAGACAAGAGAGGCCUAUGCUCAGAAGGACGCUUACGGAAAUGCGAAGUUGGAGUGUGAAGAGGUUCUCAGAAGAGAACACGAACUAUGGAACAUUCCUUUUAUGAUUCUUCGCCUUCCUGACGUUAUUGGAGUGCGAGACAACACUGAUCGCCUCUGGCGCUAUCUCCUUUGGAUGCGUUUCCACGACAUCUUGGACAAACCUGUAGAACUGCCGAAGAGUCUUGAAAACAAGCCACUGAGUUUCGUCUUAGCAGAAGAUGUCGCAAAUCUAUUGAUUGUCCUACCUGAGUACGACGAGAACGUGUACAACUUCGCUUACAACCUAGCUUUCCGCGAGACUGCAACGCUGGAAGAAUUUCUCCAAAUUGCGGCGAAGCAUCUUGAUGUUCCUGACGUAAAAUUUGACAAGUCUAGCGAGAGUGGAACGUAUUAUUAUCCCUCAGUGACGCGCGGUCCUAUAGAUAUUAAAAUGGCAUGGGAUUAUCUUCGUUGGAAUCCGCACACACUUGACCACGCUAUUAGAAAAACAGUUCAAUUUUACGAAUACGCAAUGCGUUCAGAAGAUUUUAAAGAGAAGAGAAAGGCAAUCCUGAACAGUUUGCCUAUACCUGGUCAUGCCAUGGAAGCGUUUAAACGACGGCUAAAAGAGGUCUACGGCUUAGACUAUGAUAGACAAGCAGUUGUCAAGGACGAGUUAUAACCAUUGAAGUGCCUACGGAAUCAGUCUAAGCAGCUUUCUAAUUGACAGACUUUCAGCAUACGAUUACGAGCACCCUCUCCUUCUAAGCGUAACCCGUCUCGUUAGUCGAUGCCCACACCGCUAAGUGCAUUGUGAAGUGCUAAUUAAAGGCUGUGGGUAGAGGUAUUUGUUUUGCUAGAUGGCUGAACGGAUCUAAUAAAAGAUUUUUACAACAGGUAACUCCCUGUAAUAAACUGGACAUCCAUAUUUUAUUGGUAUUACUUGGUCUAACUCCAAGACUUCAAGGCACAAUGGACGUCAAUAUGUUUGCUAUCCCUAUUUUUUAACAAGAGCAGUAAGUUCAACUCAAUAUAAAUUGUUUGUAAAGGAUUACAGGAAGAGAAAGUCGGUAAUCAAGUACAGUUACAAAACGACUUUGAGAACCACACAGUUCAGGACUACCCCUUCACAAUUAGUUGAAGUAACUUAAUUUAAUCAAGGACAAUAUCUAAACAAAAAUGUGAUCAAUCCUGAAUAUAAGAGGGCUACGUUAAGCUGAUAACCUAAGGGGAGGAAUCGGGAAAUGUUGGUGUACUUGUGCAACCAAUCAUAAAAAAAAAAAAAACCCACGACUUAACUA